UAUAUUAAUUUCUAUGUUGCCAUCUCGUGAAUGAGAAUUUUAAUUAGAAUUUUCAAUAAAGUUGCAAUGUGUGCUAAUAAUAAUAUAGCCUAAAUUAGGUUAGUUGCUAUUAAUUUCCUGUAUACCAAAACGAUAACUGAAUUCUUCAAGUGAACUUAGUCCCGUAUAUAGUAAACCAAAGAUAAUAAAAAAUGUCACCAAAGUAGUUGUAAUGAAGUGAACUCGGUGUUCUACAAGAUGUCAUCAUUUAAGCAUACUGCACAAGAACUUAUUCAGUAUGUGUUUGCCCCAAAGAUUGCAGUGGUCAGUAGCUCAGGAGCUGAAGCCAUCUGCCAGAAAAACAACUUGACAUUUGUACAGUUAGUACGUCCAUUUUGUACCUUGAAAAAUGAAGCAACAAUACGAGAUCCAUCAAACUUCAGCUUUACUCUCAAACACUUUCAUGUGUGCAUGAGAGACAUCUGGUGGCAACCACCUCAACCUGCCCUAGCCAAGAAACUUCUUAAUGAUGCUGUAACAAGUAGCCCUAUUCCUGAUGAUUCUAACAAAACAACUGUGAUUAUUGGCUCUUAUGAAUUAAAUAUUCAUACGUCUACACCAUGGUUUGAAGCCUAUCGAGAUGUGUUUUUUCAAGCUAUUUAUCCAUCAGAACAUGAGUUUUCUCAACAUUAUGUUGCUUGUAUAUAUGUAGUAUCUUCUCAACAUACUAGUCCUCUCGAAGAAUUUCAACGAUUACAUCACGAGCAGCAGCAACAUUUUCAGCGAACGGCUCAGCAGGCCAAGUGGUUUCUUCCACAGAUAGUAAAAUAUUAUGUACUGCUUCAUGAUCUUGUUGAAGGAGAUCUUUCAGUGGCUGAGUCGGCAUUCCACAGUAUCAAGAUGACCUAUGGUGCUCAGUUCUGUUAUCUACUUCAGAUCAACUCGCAUCAAGACAUAACUGUUUCAGGAAUAAACGAUACUCAAAAAACAAGCACUCUUCCUGAUUCGUGGAAGCAGUUUCUUCAUCAAACUGUUGAAAAACCACCUUCUCAAGGAAAGGAUGUUGAAAUUCCUUCAGCUUUGACAGAUGGAACUUUCAAUAAUUUUGUGGAAGUUGGGCAAGAAGCCCAACUUCAUGUAGAUUAUAAUGGAGAGACAGAAAAACCUGUAAAUGAUGUUCUGAUGUCUCACCCACUCUCAGAAGAAAGUGAUAGUUCUCCAGUGUCCCAAACACCUCUGGACUCAUUGACAUCAAGCUGGUCAAGUCAAACAAGUGCCAAAUGGUCAUCAGCAUCACAACCACAUGGCAUGUGUCUAUCUGUUUCUGACAUAGAUAAUAUCAAGAAUUUUGUUCAGGAGUUUUGUCUUCAAGCCUUGAUGCCUUUUGCUGAACGGCAGAUUCGACAUUUAAGUGAGCAGGUAGCCAACAGAAAGGGCCUGCAUCGAUCACUUUUCAGUGCUACCAAGAAAUGGUUUGGAAGUAGUAAACCUGGACUCCAGGGUGUCACUCCAGCUUCUAACUCAGUAGUCUAUAGCCAAGAUGCACCAGAACUUCAAGUUCGGAGGUUAGGAGACUUAGCUUUUAUGUUUCGUUUGUAUGACCUGUCGUAUCAAGCAUACCACAAUGCUAAGAGGGAGUUUAACAGUGACCAGGCUUGGUUGUACUGUGCUGGGGCAAUGGAAAUGGCAGCACUGUCAGUUUUCAUGAUUGGGAACCUCAGCCAGAGGCCUUACCCCUUCCACUACAUGGAGUCUGCAAUCAGCAUGUACCUUAACACCUGCAAGAUGAUACACCUAGCUACAAGGGCCACACUACUAAGUACAGAUUGUUUACGUGCUAUGGGAAUGUACAGCGAUGCUGCCCUUCAGUUUAUUCGUAUGACAAGUGAAGAUUCUGACCUUCGAAGUGCUCUACUUCUUGAACAAGCUGCUCAUUGUUUUCUCAAGAAUAAACUUCCAAUGGUCAGGAAAUAUGCAUUCCAUGUUAUUCUGGCUGGUCAUCGUUUCAGCAAAGCAGGACAGAGGAGACAUUCUCUUCGGUCCUACAGGGAUGCUCUUCAGGUGUACAAAGAUCGUGGAUGGAGCCUGGCUCAGGACCACAUCUAUUUUACGGUAGGACGUCAGUCUCAGAAUCUGAAGCACCUUGAGGAUGCCUGUUCUGCUUUCCGAGCCCUUCUUACAGACAAGAGCCAGCAACCAGUUGCUCAGCAGGCUGCAUUCUUGCGAGAAUAUCUUUUUGUACAGAAGCAGUUCCUUACUCAGUCAACUGAUGUAAACUCUCUACCAGUUCUUCCUUUACCGUAUAUUGACUAUCAGUCUACGAAGGUGCUGUUUGAUCAACCUCUGUCUGUACUGUGUGAUGGAUCAGAUUUGGUACAGAGCAGAGGGUUUGAUGAUGAUCUUGACUCUGAAUCAUGGCGUAAGCUCGAAGAAAUGCUUAUUGUAAAGGCAAGGGGUUCUUUGCCGGUGUUACAUCGACCGCAAGUCCGCUGCAUGUCCAACAAAACAGACAAUUCAAACAGACCAACAGCUGUUGUUGGAGAAAGGACUACCAUUUUGUUAUACAUGAAGAACCCUCUGAGGGUUCCCAUACUACUUUCAAACCUGUACCUGUUGUGGACUUUCAUCCCAGUAAAGGAAAGUAACCAACAUGUGGUUGAACAUAUUAGCAAUGACCAGAAUGCUGGAAAGGUACCAUUGUCAGUCACUCCUUAUGCUGUCGGAGAACUGCAUGUCACUGGCCUAUCUUACGGUCUAGGUUUACAGAAGGAGCCCACUGACACAAAGUCCACUAGCAUAUCGGUGCAAGGAAAACAGCCACUCCGGGUAAAAGGGAUGCGACUUAACAACACAAAAACUGAGAAGCUGAAGAAAAUUUAUGCCCCAGACUACAGGUUUCACAUGUUAGUAGUUCCUCCAAUGCCUCGACUUCAGAUAAAAUUUACAGGAUUCCCAAAGAGUUUAUUGUGUGGAGAAGUAAUAAAAUUGACUGUCCAUCUGAGAAACGUUGGGCAACAAUCUUUACGUCAACUUUUUGUUGCCUCAACGACACCUGAACUAUUUUCAUUUGGGACUUUGGACCACGAGGAAGACAACCCAUCAAAUUGGCAGGUUUACCAUCAGACAAACAAUCAAUCUAUGCACAGUGGACCAGUCAUAGCAGAGUGGCCUAAUAUAGAAAGAGUGUCUCAUCUUCUUCUGACAGAUGAAUGUUUGCAACCAGGACAAGAUAUUUCAUUGCCACUUUGGGUUCGUGGGUCAGACCAGCCAGGAGAGCAACAACUGCACUUUUUGUUCUACUAUGAACCAUCUGAAACUGCCUUUAAAUUAAAACAUCGACUCUUGCAACACACGAUUCACUUUACAUUAAAACCAUCUCUGCAUGUAGAAACUAUGGCCUUGAGAAGUGGAGUGGUCCCUUCAGAUGCUAGAUCAAACCAAGACUCGGUUAACUCUCUAAUAAUAAACCUUAAAGUGCAGAAUAUCAGUCAGACGCCUUAUUCAGAAGGUGCUACUGUCACUGUUGUCCAAGUGUCGGGAGUUAGUCAAGAUUGGUCCGUUGCUUCAGUUUUUGACCAACAGAAACAAGGAUCAAUGACAGUGAAACCCGAAGAGUCAUGCCAUCUGUCCCUCAGAGCUGUGCCAUGUGCAUCAAGAAACACAGCUGCAAAUGUCAGGGCUGUAGAAGUGCUCCAGAUCGCGAUAUCAUCAGCAUAUUAUGAUGCAAGUAUGAGAGGCAUUUCUGGUUUAGGAAGGUCGUAAACAAAUAAGGUGUAU